CGUACCCAAACAUCGAGCCAUCAGUGCUUAGUCUAUGACUGGAGAGAGACUGAAGAAUGAUUUGUGUGUAUAAUACGAGUAUACCGUUUGCAUUACGCGUGUGUCUCUCGGCUAUCAGUAGUAGUCGUACUCAUUAGAGAUUGCGAUAUGUUUUUUGCUGAACCGCAAAAUGAGUGCACAAUGUAUUCAUUGAGAUAGUCUACUGAUAGACAACGUUAUCAAAAGCAACAAAUAUAAAAAAAAGUACAACUAAUCGAUACGAUCACCAUAAUUGAAUCCAGAUCUAUAACUACUCACCCGGAUCAUCAUCAUCUCUACGCUAAGUUUAUCGCCGCAACACAACCUCAUCAUCACUAGAGUUUGCGUCACAACAAAAAAAGUGGACUAAAAAACUUGAUAUCAUCUCAUAAUAUCGUGUUGUGGACUAUAUAUAUAUAAUCAGCUGUACAUCCAUUUCCCUCUAUGCAUAACCCCAACAGUGACCCCCAGUCGGGCUCACCGGCAGCGGCCGCGGCAGCGCACCGGUGGUACGCCGAGGCGGCCGCCGGUGGCCCCCGCGGUAUGGAGGGCGCCGGAAACAUGAUUGUGCCUGAUGACAUGGACAUGUUCUUCCACUCCAUGAGCGACGGCACCGGACAGCACGUGAAUCCCGCCUCUUAUUACGCGAGCCCAGCAGCCGCGGCAGCCGCCCGGGCGGCCGUACACCACAGCUACCGCUCCUCACCGCACGCUCGCGUGACGGCGGGCGGACAGGUAUGUCGACCGCACUUUCACAGUCCGCUGCACCCGUGGAUCUCGGCCACCGGCGACGGCAAGCCACCGAUGGUGCCUCACCCGGCCCACGGCCACCAUCACCCUCCAGCCCCGUCGUGGUGCUCGCCGUUUGGCUCCGCGGGAAAGGGACCCGCGAUGUCCUCGUCGUCGUCGCAUCCGCCGCACGCCAGCCCCCCAGGCAUGGCCGUAGCGCACGCGCCACCUACCGGCCCCUCCCACUCUAGUCCGCACCUGUUUAGCUUCCCUCCGACGCCUCCCAAAGACGCCACACCCGACAACGUGUCCGGCGGGGGCGGGGGUUCGGCGUCCACCUCCCAGGCCAACGGUCAGGCCAAUGGUGGUGGGGGUGGCGGCCCGUUGGGCAACGACUUCGGCAGCGGCAGCAGCAGUAGCUCCACUCAGGCCAUAGCGUGCAGCUCCGUGGGCUCGGACACCAUGUCCUCCGCGGCCGGCGCCAUAUCCGAGAUGAAGCCGUAUUACGUGAACGCCGCCUCCCAUCACAAUAUGAUCACAAGCCUGGGCUCCGCCCUCAGCAACUGCUCGAGCAGCAAACCCCGUGAAGGUACCGGUGCUCCGACAGCCUCCUCGGCAUCUAAUAGCUUCGCGCAGAGCCCGCACACGGCGUACCACUCGUCGUCACUCAGUCCCUACUAUCCCGCACACUAUGUCGGCGCCGGUGCCGGCGCCGGACACCCGCCGACCGCCGCCACUGUCGGCGACCUAAGCGCUAGCUCUCCGUAUGGUUUUGCCCACCACUCCCACCACAGCUCGUCGUCAUUGCUUAGCGCCAAAUCCAUGUCCACCUCCUCGGCCAACAAGCACCGGACUAAGGGAAGGUCCAGCGCCGAGGGUCGAGAGUGUGUCAACUGUGGCGCGACCUCAACGCCCUUAUGGCGCAGGGAUGGCACCGGACACUACUUAUGCAACGCGUGCGGACUCUACCAUAAGAUGAACGGCCAGAAUCGGCCGCUCAUCAAACCUAAGAGACGACUCUGUAGGGCUGAGAGGACUGGACGGAUCGGCCGACCGAUUCAUGAUAUAACAAAUGUGCUGAUCGUGAGUACUCAACACGGCCUCCGAAACGGCGUUAUAGCCCUAUCCACUACACACAUACUACCAGCCCCAUAG